UAUUGUGUUUUUAGCCUCCAGGGGAGAACUCUGAACACAACAAAGCAAGUUCUUCUGAGCCACAAUGUCUUCAACAGUCAAUGGUAGUGGUUUAUACGGUGUUACGCGUAAAUGCAGGAACUAUAAGCUAAGUUAACAAUACCGAAACACUUUAUUAGGUACACGUACAUAAUUGCUUGUUGUUACCAUACAAUAUCCACUCGGUUGAUCACCGUGGCAACAAUUCGAUGCUUUUGGACAUGUAGACCUGGUCAAGACGACCGACUGAAGUUCAAACCAAGCAUCAGAAUGGGCUGCCAAGCGGUUAGUCAUGAAGAAACGAGCCAAGAGGCGGCAGGAGGAAGACGAGUCCUUGUGCUGCUGUGAGUACGUAAACAGACACGGAGAGCGCAGCCAUGUAGCAGCCUGCUGCUGUGACUGUGAGGACCUGGAUGAUGCUUUUGACAGGCUUCUGAAGAAGGAGCCGCAGAAACCUGAAUCUCUUUCGAAGGUGGCAGAGGUCGUCACAGACAGGAUUCGUGUGCCAUGGCUGUGGGGUGGAGCCCGGAAACUGGACCUGUCUGUUGUCCCUCCUCUUAUCCUCCUUCCAGUCCUGCUGCAUCUCGCUGCUCUCCACUUCCUGCUCGGCAUUGUGAGCCUGAUCGCUCUGCCCGGCUUGGUGUUGUGGUACUACUACUUCACCCACCGCAAGAAGGGACAGACUCUCUUCUUCCUCAGCCUGGCUCUCUUCUCCCUGGCCUACAUGUACUACUUGUUCCUCACUGAGGUGUUUCCCCGCGGCGAUAUUGGUCCCGUCCAGCUGUCGGGGGUCACUGUAGGAGUCAUCCUCACCCUAGUAGCUCUCAUCCACAGUAAGAGAGGACCUGGCACUGUGCUGCCGAACCAAGAGGCCGUCCACAGCACAGUAACAUAUUACAGCCCUCUGGCAGACAGGGACCCUGCCGUCAAUGGGGGGAGGCACGAUGUGACAAUGACGGUAAACGACCGGACUGGCUCAGUGGAGCAGUCGGGAAUGGAGCUGAAGGACAGUAGGAGCUGGUGUCCUGUGUGCAGGGUGGUGCGACCCCCGAGGGCGGGACAUUGUCGGAUCUGUGGUGUCUGCGUGCUGCGCCUCGACCACCACUGUGUCUGGAUAAGCAGCUGUGUGGGUCAGGCCAACCAUCGCAGCUUCCUCCUGACGCUCGUUUGCUUCCUCUCGACGUCUCUGUACGGGAUCAGCCUGGUGCUGCGGAGCGUUUGUCCCACACAACACCUGCUUACUGCUCUGCUGUAUUGCCCCGAGGUCUACAACCAGUACAGCUCUGCACUUUGCUUCACCUGUGCCUGGUACUGCAGCAUCGUGACUGGCGGUCUGCUUCACCUGCUGCUGGUGCAGGUCAUCAAUGUCAGCUACAACGUGACAGAGCGCGAGGCGCGCGUGGCUUUGCGAGAGAAGACCGCUCGGAGAGCCCUGUGGGGACUCGUCGUGGACACUGGCGUCUACUCGCGAGGUUUCUGCGGCAACUGGGCCGAGUUCAUGACCAUGGGAGACAGAGUGAACUCUCCCUCUCCUCUCCAAACAGACCUGGUUGCCUUGGUUGGAGUCGUCAACAAAGAAGAAAAACUGUGACAGUGAGUGAUCUGUUGAUCCUCACGGGGACAUUUUCUCACAGCAGCAUAAUGAUGCUUCUGGAAGUGGUCAGUGAUUCAGAGCAUCAUUUCCUGGAUGAUCUCCCUGCAAUGAACUGACUUGGCCUUCUGAAAUGUAUCAUGCAUAUUUAUGGAUAACUUAAAUAUUCAGCAAAUGUCUGCAUUUAGCGUAAUGACUGGUGGUGGAUGGUUAUGGAUGCAUUAGAAGUUACUUCUAUUUUAUGAUCUGGUUCAGACUCCUGACUUAAACACUUCCAACUGUUCUUUUUUGUCCAUUAUUUGCAUCCUCAUACUGACACCACUCUCUAUGAAAAUAUACUGGUUUAUUUUUUAUUAAAUCUAUGUGAAAAAU